AUGUCGGAACAGUCGCCCGAAAUUGUGGCCGCCGCCAGUCUGAGUCCCCUCUCGCCCAAGCCCAUCUCUGUCCAGAUCCAGAGCAAUUCUGUGGUGCCCAUGCUCCAGGACCAAGCAGCUACCACUGACACAGCCAUGUCCGGCAUCAUCGUGGAUCCCGGUCUAGAGACUUCGGAUGUCCCUGCGCCAGUCUCCGAUACUAUCGUAGUGGCCGGUGACUCGUCAGACUUCCCCGAUGAUAGCGACGGCAGCAUUGACUACGGUGAAGAGGACGAGGCCGCCGAGAAGCCCUCUGCCACCUCUGACGGUGCUGCCGAUGCUCCUCCCGACAAUGAUGAGUAUGCAAGAAGCUUUGAUUCGCCUGUCGACCCCCAGAGCUCGAGUAGCGAGGCUGGCGCUGGCGAGCCUCAGCCUGAUGUAUCAGAGGCUGCCGCUUCCAAUUCCAUGAAUGACCAAGUCACAUCUGCACCUGCUCAAGCUCCAGCUCCAGCUGUCAUUGCCCACCAUGAAGAUCGCCUUCCUCCACCCGCAUCGUCGACAGCAACCCAGCCUAAUGUCAACAGCUGGCCAACGCUCACAUCCAUUGAGAAUGAGCCACCUUCCCAGUCCAGCGGCCCCGAAACUUCCAGUCCAUCAGACGCACCGACGUCCACCCCCAACAACAAGUCCGCUGCUGCAUCUGCUGAGGCCGCUGACAUCCAAAAGCUGGUAGACGACAUCACUGCUCGAGCCACUGCUACUGCCACGUCUGCAGAUACCCCAGCAUCCGUAUCCGCCCCUUUGAUUUCAGGCCCCCUUCCCCCAUCACUGCCCCCCAAGCCAUUAUUAUCGGCUCAACCACAUGCCUAUCAGCCACGUGGUCCCAAUCCCACGCACAACCACAACCACCCGUUAGGACCUUAUAGACAUUCGCUUGACUCCAUGGAGCCACCAGCCUCGGCUCCUGGAGCGACUGGCGCGGGUUACGCAGCCUCCUUCUCCAACCAUGCCUGGGAUACCUUCGUUAACGACGAGAGGACGUAUACCUCGGAACAAAACUGGGAUAGGUUCCCCGAAGGCGCCCGUAUCUUUGUCGGCAAUCUCUCCAGCGAUCGGGUAUCAAAGAAGGAGGUGUUCGCCGUGUUCAGCAAGUACGGCAGACUAGCGCAGAUUUCCAUGAAGAGCGCCUAUGGUUUUGUGCAGUACCACAACGUUUCUGAAGCCCAGGCCGCACUGGAGGCAUGUCAGGACAUGGAGCUUGGUGGCCGCCGUAUUCACCUCGAAAUAUCCCGUCGUCAAAAGAAAAAGGGUGGAGAUGACAGAGGGCACUCGCCAGAUCGACGUGGUGGUCCUCGUGGCAUGACAAAUGACAGGCUCGACUUGAACAACCAGCCGAGAGACCCUGGUUGGAAGAGAACCAAUGACCACCGCCGCUCCGCCUCGCCCCGCCGAGACGACCCUCGCGGCUUCUAUGCUCGAGAUCGCGACAACGGUCCAAUGUCACACGACCGUCGCCGGUCCCGGUCGCCCCGGCGCAGCCGUUUUGGCAGUGAAUCCUACAGACGAAGAAGUCCCAGUCCACAUCGCCGCACCCCCUCGGAUGUAGACCGCCUCGACAUCCCUCGCCGCUACGGCAAUGAUGUUCCAGACGUCCAGAUCCUGCUCCUCCAAGAUCUGGACCGGCCCUUUGUUGACUGGGUACAGAACGCUCUCCAUGCCCAUGGCCUCAAGACAGCCGUGAUGCAUCUCAACCCUCGCUUUCCCCGCAAUACAAUCGUGCAGCGCCAGGUGCUCGAAGGUGUUCAUGCCAUUAUUGACCUAGACCAGACAUCCCGUGACUCGGGAUUGAUAUCACUGCAACUGUUCAUCCGCAACACAGGCAAGGGGAGCAAUAUCCGGUUUGAGAAUUACAACUCGCUGAACCCGGAACUGGCGGGUGGGCUGGUCAUGAGGGAGAAGACGAGAGUCGUGCAUGCUCCUCCACCACCUCCACCGCCCCAUGUCGCGGCAUAUCCUCCAACUUACCAGCCUCCUCCUGUUGCUGCUCCCACUGCUCCUUAUCAGAGUCCCAUUGUUCCACCGCCUGCCACCGGAUAUCAGAGCUAUCCUCCAGCGUCAUCCAUUCCACAAGCUGCUCCUGCUCCUCCUGCUACGCCUAUUGAUAAUGAUUAUUUGAGGUCUCUGUUGACCGGUCUCCAAACCCAGCAGCAGUCGCAACAGCAGACUGCUGCUGCCAGGGCACCUGCUCCACAGAUUGAUAUCAAUGCGUUGCUUGGGUCUUUGCAGGGUGGUGUACCGCAGCAAGCACCACCGCAACAGUAUGGGGUGCCACAACCACCACAGUUCCAGGGAGCGGCAGGGUACUACGGCGGUGGGCAGAAUGCGGUUGCACCGACGCCGGUGGCAUUGGGGAACAAUGCGCAUAUUCAGAACAUUAUGGAGAAUCUCAAGAGGGCUUCGGGGAGUAAGUAG